CUUCCGCCGGAAGUAUGCGACUAGUUCCGGGGUCAGGCGGCCUCCGUGUUUCGGGUCUCCCGGGCUCCGCCAGUGGCCAGCAGCUGCCCCGCGCUGUCCCCGUCGCCCUCGCCAUGGUGUUCUACUUCACCAGCAGCUGUGUGAAUUCAUCUCCUUACACGAUCUACAUGGGAAAGGACAAAUACGAAAAUGAGGACCUCAUAAAGCACGGCUGGCCCGAGGAUGUCUGGUUCCACGUGGACAAACUCUCUUCGGCUCACGUGUACCUCCGCUUGCAUAAGGGGGAGAAGAUCGAGGACAUCCCGAAGGAAGUGCUGAUGGACUGUGCCCAGCUCGUGAAAGCCAACAGUAUCCAAGGCUGCAAGAUGAACAACGUCGGUGUGGUCUACACGCCCUGGUCCAACCUGAAGAAGACGUCAGACAUGGAUGUGGGCCAGAUCGGCUUCCACAGGCAGAAGGACGUGAAGCUGGUCACCGUGGAGAAGAAGAUGAAUGAGAUCCUGAACCGGCUGGAGAAGACCAGAGCCGAGCGCUUCCCCGACCUGGCGGCCGAGAAGGAGUGCCGGGACCGCGAGGAGCGGAGCGAGAAGAAAGCCCAGGUCCAAGAGAUGAAGCGGAAGGAGAAGGAGGAGAUGAAGAAGAAGCGGGAGAUGGAUGAGCUGAGGAGCUACUCGUCACUUAUGAAGGCAGAGAACAUGUCUUCAAAUCAGGACGGCAACGACUCAGAUGAGUUCAUGUGAACAGAGACCAGGACUUUUGAAAGACAUGAGUUUAAGGACGGCUGCAGAUGUGUUGAUUUCAUCUAGGUCGGGAAUUAUAAAGCCAACCAGAACUCUACCUUCUUCCUACAAAUGUUACCAAUCUUGCAGUUGGGAGAAGAACUCUUGCCCCUCCCCUCCUUUUUUUUUUUUUUUUUUGCUGACAAAAAAGAAUCAGAUAUAACUAUGUAUUUCUAUAUGUGUAAAAUAUAGUCGAACUUGAGGACAACCUCUGGCUCUGGGCAGUGGGGCUGCUUCUGCCAGCCUGGCCGUGUUCUCCGGACAGCAAGGGGGGGCCUGUGACUCUCAGACCUCGCCUGGCCGCCGAUUGCAAGCACCUUCCUUUCCGGGAGGAGGAGCAUCUUGGUGAACAGCUUGUGAACGUGUCUCUCUCGCUCGUCUCCUGCUUUCUGAAACCCAGGUCGGAAGGAGACCGGAGUUUCCAGAAGGUUCUGUGGCUGCACAUCUGCACCCAGCCCUGCCAGCCCCCCGGCCCGGAGUCUGGUUCUCUGUGCCCAAGGGAGAUGGUGGCAGGCCACAGAGCUGCAGGAAUCCCUGAAGGUGGCAGCUCCCCACUUCCUGCGCUGGAGGCCACCUCCCCGUCACCGGCGAGAGAGGGCAGUGGCGCCUCCAGAGCCGAGCAGGGCGGAUGUUCGUGGGUCCCGAGAGGAUUGAGUUGUGAGCCCGGCCGGCACUGUGGGCUCAGUGACUGAUGCCUAUGGGACCCUCUGCUGUCCCCGGCGCCACCGUCCUGUUCCUGAGUCGAGGGUCCAUGCGGCAGCCCCUGUUGGAGGAGACCACCGGAACAGCAGAGGGAGAGCAGGGUAUCUGGGGGCACAGAGCCUGCUGUCACGCAUGUCUGGGUGCAGAGCCUGUUCCCACAUGGUCCGGGGGUGCAGAGCCUGUGCCCACGUGUGUCUGUGGGGGUGUAGAGCCUGUCCCCACAUAUGUCUGGGGGGUGCAGAGCCUGUUGUCAUGCAUGCCUGGGGGUGCAGAGCCUGUCCCCACACGUGUCUGGGUGCAGAGCUGUCCCCAUGCAUGUCGGGCAUGGAGCCUGCUCCGUGGUCAGCUGCUGCCCUUCCCCCCUCUCUCCCACAUCAUCCCGGGAGUAGCAUUUUGGACUGUGGGUCUGGCCAAGAAUUUUCCCUUAAGCCCAGGUUGGUCUGUGGCCUCAAACUGGAACAUUCCUCGAGGCAUGGCUCAUGGGUGACCCUUGGAGAUAGGUGUGGGAGAUGAGUCUGGGAGAGAGUGCGGGCCUGUGUCCUGUGUGGGGGUAUGGGUGGGUGUGCAAUGAUGUCCAGCCUAGUGUUCUGUGAUUUAAAAAAUAAAGACAUUUUUUCUUUGAAAGGG